CAUGGUGGCGUUCGGUCACUGGUUGGAUUGGAUUAUCUCGGAGGUCUUUUCCAACCUCAUUUAUUCUGUGACUCUCCGUUCAGCGCACACAGUGGAAAUUCAUGCUCCUGCACGAUCCGAACACAGGAGGUAUAUGACGAGAAGGAUUAUAGAAGAGUUAGAUUUGUUGGACGUCAAAAGGAGGUGAACAAGAGUUUUGCAAUUGAUUUGAUAGCAGAACAGCCUGUGAGUCAAGUUGAAAGCAGAGUGAUCUCAUGCGAUGGUGGUGGUGGAGCUUUGGGACAUCCCAAAGUAUACAUAAACUUGGACAAAGAGACAAAGACCGGAACAUGUGGCUACUGUGGACUUCAGUUUAAACAGAAACGUCACUGAAAGAUUAUCCCUGUGUGCUUGCAGAUUUCUGUUCAGAUGUUAACAUUCAACUAUAAAUAAACAAUAUAUUUAGAAAGCCA